GUAUGGCAAUUGGUGUGCAUUAGAAGUGCAGUACAUUUGGUGUGCGUUUGUUGUAUGCAUACAACCAUUCAAUGCAUUGUCUGUGCAGUCAUUGCUUUCACUGAACAGUCAGUAAUCGUUGGUCUCAUUACUGGUGUUAUACCUAAUAAUCAUCUAUAGAUUGGUUACCAUAACUGUUGGCCGAAGAACUCAUCCCUCGGAGAACUCGUCGGCCAUAAACUACUCGAUAACUAACGAUACUGUAUUCACACACACUAUACUUACACACACGCAAACUAUUCGUAAUGUUAAAGUGGAUGUGUUGUUAACUGAUCCCAUAUUUGCAGAAUUUCCGGUUCGCCACAAUCCUGAGUCAGAGAUCUAUUGUAUAGACACAACAGAUUGUAUUCAAUCCAAACGGAUAUCAUUAAUAUCUUCACUGUUUAUGCCUUGUCAUCGAUCACCACAUCCGCCAAAUCUCUCACAUUCGCGGUAUUUAUCCGGUAGUGUUUGCGCCGGUAGUCAAAGAAAAUUACAGCCCUUUCGGUCGUGACUUUGAUCUGUUCCCACAAUUCAUACCAAUUAUAUGUUGGGGUCGUCUGUCGUUCGGUCCGAAGAGUCGGCAGUCAUUGCAACACUACUAUACAUAAAACCCCAAAACAUUUCAAAUUGCAUUCAAUUUCAGUCAAAAUCAACACAUUAUUAGUUAUCAUAUUAUUGUUAUUUAGAGUUAGUUGUAGUCCUUAUUUGUGGCAGACAUGGGGUCCGUCAACGUUAACCGCAAUCUUACCGAUCAGUUCUAUCGCUACAAAAUGCCCAAAAUUAUUGCCAAAGUCGAGGGCAAAGGCAAUGGCAUUAAGACAGUGAUCGUCAAUAUGGUUGAUGUGGCGAAAGCUCUGAAUCGGCCGCCGAUGUAUCCGACCAAAUACUUCGGCUGCGUAUUGGGUGCACAAGUGAAUUGUGAUGCCAAGAAUGAGCGCUAUAUAGUGAACGGCGCCCACGAGUCGGCCAAACUUCAGGAUUUAUUGGACGGUUUCAUUCAGAAAUACGUGUUGUGCUCGUCGUGUGACAAUCCGGAGACGGUGUUGAAUGUGAGCCACAAGAAGGGCACCAUUAACUCCCAAUGCAAAGCCUGUGGUCAUAGCUGUAUGCUCUCCAUCGCCGACAAGUUGGCCACUUAUAUCUUGAAAUACCCGCCCAAUCAAGUGGUGGUGUCGGGAGCGUCGGUCCAGUCGGGCAAGAAAAGCAAACGCAAGACUAAAGACGGCGGUAAGAAGAACGGCGACUCCAAUGACCGCAAUAGUCCUCAACACGAAUCGGACGAAUUCAAUGAUGGACUCAAUGGCGAUGACGACGAGGACUGGUGUGAAGACACCGAUGCGGACGCUGUGGCCCGACGUAUGGAGGAGUUGAGUGUCAGCGCCAAAGGACUUAUGCAUAACGACGACUUGGAGAAGCCAUUCGAAGAGCGUUUGAAGAUAUUCUUUGAUUUCGUUCAGAAAAAGGAUAACGGUUUCAAUGAACCAAUCAGUGCGUCGCUCCAGAAGGAGAUCGUUGGCGAAGCGGAUCGGCUUGAGAUUCGGGAUAAGGCUAUUAUCGUAUUGUGUGAACUGCUCUUCGAUGACCCGUCGAAGGUUUUGCCGCAAAUUAAGAGACAACAGUUGCUCUUUUUGCGCUUCACUGCAGACAACAGUAGAGCUCAAAAGUAUUUGUUGAGAGGCAUUGAGUUAACUGUUAAGGAGUUUAAAGAACAACUGGUCCCUCGAGUACCACAUAUUCUCAAACAGUUAUACGAUUUGGAUAUUUUGGAUGAGAAGACCAUUCUUGAGUGGGGCUCCAAAGUUCAGAAGAAAAGUGUGGGCAAAGAGAUCGCUCAGGAGAUCUACGAUAAGGCGCAGCCAUUCAUCAAAUGGCUUAAAGAGGCCGAAGAGGAAGAGUCAGAGGGCAGUGAGGAUGAGCUGGAAGUGGUUUAUGACGAGCGCAUACGUCCCGACAAAAUCAUACAAAUCGAAGAUCAGCCCAAAGCCAAUCACGUGAACAACAACUCGAAGGACAAGUCCGCCGCCGAAGACAUCGAUAUCGACGCCAUUUAGUCGACACAUAAUUCUACGUCAAAUCGAUUUUGCUUUUUGUCUUUAUUUUUGUGUUUAUUAUUUCAAUUGAAUUGUAAUAUUAUUAUUAGUAUUGCUAUUAUUAUCGAUUAGUUUUAAUCUCUUAAGGUUAAUAUUAAAA